GGCCGUGGAUCGGGAAAUGAACCUAAAAGUGGUCUGCCUGUCUUUCCUUCUUUUUGAAGCCUCCUGUUUCAAGUACAAUGGCGAUCUGGACGGACAUCUCAAAGUACAUGUGAUCGUAUUCUCUGCUAUAGGCCUAUUGAUGUGCUUGAACGGACAAACCACAGAUGACAGUAGAAGUCGGUCUUUACCUGUUACCGAUGGCUUUGGAUCGGGAUAUGAACCUGAAAGUGUCCUUUUAUUGCCUUUCUCUCCUUUUAUUUGAAGCCUCCUGUUUAACUGAGUUUAAGAUUACUGUGCCCAGAGGUCCUGUCACUGGGUUUUACGGAGAGGCGCUGAUCCUCCCCUGCACCUUCCCUGUAGACUCGUGGGAUCUGAGUAGCACCUUUAUUAUCUGGCAGCGUGAGCUGGAUGUUGUUCACAGCUUCUACUACAGUCGGGACCAGCUCGACCGUCAGAAUCCUCACUAUGGAAAACGCACCAGCCUGUUCAUCCAGGAGAUGGCAACAGGAAACGCAUCACUCAAACUGGACAGAGUCACUCUGCAGGACGCCGGUGUUUACACCUGCUCCAUCAGCACAAACACUGGCAGCCAGAAGAAGAGCUUUAAAGUCAAAAUUGCAGCGUUCUACUCUGAACCGCGUCUGCAGUUCUCCAUGUUAACUGAUGGAGUCAACCUUCUAGUGACAUCAGAGGGGGGUUACCCUUCUCCUAAACUGCAGUGGCUGAUGGAAAACUCAGACAUCACUUACCAGACACAAACACACCUCAUGAAGGACACACAAACAGGACUUUAAAGUGUGUCUAGUUGGAUAAAUCUCACUGAAAUCACCAAAAACUUUCUGACUUUCAUACUACAUAACAAACCCCUGGGACAAGAGAUCAGGAGAGAGAUCCUGCUGUACUCCUGCUAUAAGAGGGAGAGGCAAGAAGAGUCAGUGUCCAGAUGCUUCGUAUUGAUCCCCGUUAUUCUGCUGCUUCUAGUGCUUCUCCUGAUCAUGAUAGGGGACUUAGAGGAUUACCUGUUACCAACGUCCGUGGAUCGGGAAAUGAACCUAAAAGUGGUCUGCCUGUCUUUCCUUCUUUUUGAAGCCUCUUGUUUCACUGAGUUUGAGAUUACUGUGCCCAGAGGUCCUGUCACUGGGUUUUACGGAGAGGCGCUGAUCCUCCCCUGCACCUUCCCUGUAGACUCGUGGGAUCUGAGUAGCACUGUUAUUACCUGGCAGCGUGAGCUGGAUGUUGUUCACAGCUUCUACUACAGUCGGGACCAGCUCGACCGUCAGAAUCCUCACUAUAGAAAACGCACCAGCCUGUUCAUCCAGGAGAUGGCAACAGGAAACGCAUCACUCAAACUGGACAGAGUCACUCUGCAGGACGCCGGUGUUUACACCUGCUCCAUCAGCACAAACACUGGCAGCCAGAAGAAGAGCUUUAAAGUCAAAAUUGCAGCGUUCUACUCUGAACCUCGUCUGCAGUUCUCCAUGUUAACUGAUGGAGUCAACCUUCUAGUGACAUCAGAGGGGGGUUACCCUUCUCCUAAACUGCAGUGGCUGAUGGAAAACUCAGACAUCACUAACCAGACACAAACACACCUCAUGAAGGACACACAAACAGGACUUUACAGUGUGUCUAGUUGGAUAAACCUCAGUGAAAUCACAAACUCCUCUCUGACAUUUAUACUGCACAACAAACUUCUGGGACAAGACAUCAGGAGAGAGAUCCAGCUGUACUCAGAUAAGACGAGGAGAGAAGGACAGUCAUCAUACAGAUGCCACAUAUUGAUCCCUGUUAUUCUGCUGUUGAUUUUGAUGGGUUUAAUGUUUGUGUUGUUCAUUACAAGAAGAAGAAUGAAACAAACCAAACAAAAUGGCUUAGCUAAUGAUGGACUCAAGUCUCACAUUUCAGCAAGUUCCUUAGCAAGUUUGCAUCAUAAUGUGGUUUGACGGAGACAUGGAAUAUAACGAGAGAUCACUG